UAAUGCUAUAAUUUGUAGAAUUAUUAUAUAUAAAACAUGUUGUUGUUUCCCAACUUUUAUUGUUACCUUAUUAUACAAGUUUCUGUAGUUUGAAAGAUUCAGUUAAAAAUAUGCAUGGAAAAAUAUUUUAUCAAAUAUGUUUAUUGAUGGCAGUUUUAUCAUUUGGUUAUGGGGUAUUUACAAAUGAUGCAGAAGUUGUAUUUCCGAAACAUCACCAUAAAUCUCAGAAUGGAGUUCAUGAAGAAUUUUUGACUUAUGAAAUUUACUCAACAAAUGCUUAUCAUGUUUUAGAUUUAAAGAAAAUUAAAAAAAUACCUCAAGAAAGUAUAUUGCUUCGCACUUUUAAAAACAACAAAGAAAUUAUAUUUAAGAAAAUAACAUAAAAGAUAAGUGGCAUGCAAAGUCAAAAAGAUCCCUUGAUCUGGUUGAAUUAGUUAAUAUUGAGCCUAAAUACAUUCCUUGUCUUUCCAGAAAGAAAACACUAUAUGUAGAGUUGUUUGUUAGCUGUGAUCACAAAAUGUUACCUAUGUACAGCAACAAUCAUUCUCUUUUAAUUGAGAGAGUCUUAAAUAUCAUUACUCAAUGUGACAUGAUAUAUCAAGCUAUUAAUGUGCGUUUAAUUGUUGUUGCAAUAGAAAUUCAAGAAAAUGAAGAUUAUUUUAGCCGUAGUACAGAUGCAUUUAAAGAUGUUUAUAAUUUUAAUGUUUACUUCCAUAAAACAAUAAAAAAUAAUUCAUCUUUUAAAGCACUGAAUUUAGAUGGUGGCAUCUUUUUUAGUCAUGAAGACAGUAGUUAUUGGGCAGGAAAUGAAUUUCGCUUUUGUCAGGAUUAUUCUGGCUUAGUUUAUAAGUUUGAUUAUACAAAUUUUGGUAUUAAAAGAAUAAGCUUUUUAAUUGGACUGCUUAUGAGAUUUAAAGAUGAGCAUAAAACAGAUUGCAUGUGUUUAACUGCUAGGGGAUGUGUUAUGCAAACAUCCAAAUUUAGAGGAACAGGCUUUUCAACCUGCAAUAUGGAUGUUUUAAAUAAUACAGAAGACUAUAAUUGUCUUUUAAACUACCCUUCAACUCAAUUCGGAAAAACUUGUGGCAAUGGAAUUCAUGAAGAUGGUGAACAAUGUGAUUGUGGAACUUUGGAGAUGUGUCAAAGAAAUAAUGAUCAUUGCUGUGAACCAGGAAGUUGUGUUUUGAAAGUCGAUGCUCAAUGCAGUCAUAAAAGCAACCCUGACUGCUGUCAGCCAAAUUGUUAUUUCAAAAGACAAGGUACUUUAUGCAGAAUCAAAGUCAAUGAAUGUGAUAUAGCAGAGUAUUGCAGUGGAGAUAAUGAAACUUGUCCAGAUGACAAAAUCCUUCGUGAUGGAACUUCUUGCAAGUUAAAUACAGUUUGCAGAAAAAAAGAAUGCAAUUUCAAUGCAGACGCUGAAAUUAUUCACCUGUCAUGUCUAAAAACAAAUGGAAAUGAAUGUUCAGGAAAUGGGUUUUGUGCGUCAGACCUCACUUGUGUUUGCAAGAAUUUUUAUAACUCUACUGACAACUGUAGUACAAAACUUAAUCCCAUUAAUGGUGAAUGGACCAGUUGGACCUCUUGGUCCGGAAGUUGUUUUGAAGGUAGCCAGAAAAGACAUCGUUUUUGUUCUAAUCCUACACCUCAAAAUGGUGGAAUAGAAUGUGCUGGUAAUUCUCGUGAAGAAAUAGUUUGUACAGAAAAUCGUUGUCCUGAUUUAGUAGCAUGGUGUAAAUCUGAUGCAAGAUGUAUUAAAUUUAUGUUAAAAAGCGGUAUAAAAUCAGACAUCACUGAAGCGUUAACUUCAAUUAAUCAAUCAUCCUAUUUAACCUCUGAAGAAAAGAUUGAUAUUGUUGCUACUAAGAUUACAGACAGCUUAUAUUUGAAUUCUGUUAGCGAGAUAUCACUUCUAGCAGAUAUUCUUGCACUAGGUCAAUUGAUAAAGGUGAAUGUUACUGAAAGCGCAAAAAUAAAUGUAUUGGGAAAUGUUUUAGGCUUGGUUAAUGUAGUUUUAGAUCUUGAUCAAACAUUAAUUUUAAAAGCACAAAAUAAACAUAAUUCUUCUAACAAGUUUUUGGAAACUAUUGACAUAAUGGCACAAACGUUUACUAAGAGUUAUCAGUUUCAAAACUUUAGUUCAACAAAUAUAGGAAUGAGCAACAAGCAUACGAAUAGCGAAACCUUUUAUACAGAUAUUUGUAUAGUGGCAUUUGAAAGUUCAAAUCAAAAAAUGGUUAUAUUAAUAGGAAAUGAUUCAUUAUUAAAUGAAGGAAAUAAUGAUGCUAUAAUAUUAAUUCCAAAGGCAGCCAUUCCUCAGCAAAGCCUUAUUUAUGCUUUCAUUUAUCGAAAUCCAUACUUCUUUCUUAAUACAGAUGGAUCUGUAUCCGUUUCUGAAUCUAAAUCAGUUGAAGUAUUAAUAUCAAGUGCUGUUGUUUCAGUUAGUAUUCUUGAACAGACUAUUAUCAAUUUAAGUGAACCAAUUUCCAUUACAUUUAAAAAGCCAGGAAAUCAAAAAGGAAAUUUCAAUUGUUACUUUUGGAACUCAAGUAUUAACGCAUGGUCAGAUAAUGGAUGUUACAAGUUAAAUGAAUCAAACGCAUAUGUAUUUUGUGUUUGCAACCAUCUCACAAAUUUUGCACUUAUUUUGGAUACCUCUCAAAUAGGAUACAAUCCUUUAGAAUUAAAAGUUAUAACUUGGAUUGGAUGUGGUAUUUCCAUAGUAACUUUACUGUUUACAGUUUUAGUACUGUUACGGAGGAAUCUUCGAAAAGAUCGCACUCAUAAAAUUCAUUUCUUUAUGUGUGUGUCGUUACUAACACUUCUAAUAUUAUUCAUUACUGCUGCAGAACGAAAAAAAUCAUCUUUAAUUAAAUGCAAAAUUGCUGCUGCUGGUUUGCAUUAUUUUGUCUUGACCACAUUUUGUUGGAUGGCUGUAGAAGGAGUAAACCUGUAUCAAAAAAUCACUAUUAUGAGUAAACUGGAAACUAGAUCUUUUAUGGCAAAGUCUUCAUUAUUUGCAUGGGGUGUGCCUUUACCCAUUGUUAUCUACAUUGGCACUGUUCAUUCUAAAUAUCUUGGUAACUCUAAAAUUUGCACAGUUCAAGGUUAUCCAUUUUACAUUGGAAUGUUGCUACCUGUAACUUGCAUUAUUGUUUUUAAUUUGAUUGUUCUCUUACUUGUAAUUAUAAAGAUAUCUAAACCAAAACAUGAUCUAUCUGCAAAUUUUAAAGAUGAAGGAGCACUUAUUCGAUUCAAAAAAGAUGUUAAAACUGUAUUUAUUUUAAGUUGCUUACUAGGAACUACUUGGGUGUUUGCUGUGCUUGCAAUAGGAAAGUUAUACAUUGUGUUUCAAUGGAUUUUUUGCAUCUUGACAAGUUUUCAAGGAUUUUUUUUAUUUUUGCAUCAUAUUGCUCUCAAUCCAUUGGCCCAAAAUGAAAUACGUUUUUGCAUGCAUCGUUUUUUCAGUUCAUCUUUAGCAAAAAAAAAGAAAAACAAUUCAACAGCCAUUACACUUUUGGCAUCAAAAGAUUAAAUCUACUUUUAAAAACUUCAUCAUACGAAAUCCCAACCUUAACCACUAUAUAUGUGUAUAUAUAUAUAUAUAUAUAUAUAUAUAUAUAUAUAUAUAU